AUGUCUGGCUUCCUUGAGAAUGCCUACAGCCUGGUCCACCAGGACAAUGCGGCCGACGUGCCGUCCGUCUCGGACCUGCGCAUGCAACUGGAAAAGGGCACCGACGAGACCAAGGUCGAGACCAUGAAGCGCAUCUUGACCGUGAUGCUCAAUGGCGACCCCAUGCCAACGUUGCUCAUGCACAUCAUCCGAUUCGUCAUGCCCUCCAAGUACAAGCCCCUCAAAAAGCUUCUGUACUUCUACUAUGAGAUAUGUCCCAAGCUGGACUCGAGCGGCAAACUCAAGCAAGAGAUGAUUCUGGUUUGCAACGGCAUCCGGAAUGACCUCCAGCAUCCCAACGAGUACAUUCGAGGCAACACUCUGCGUUUCCUCUGCAAGCUCCGCGAGCCAGAACUGAUUGAACCGCUCCUUUCCUCGGCGAGAUCCUGCCUCGAACAUCGACAUGCGUACGUGCGCAAGAACGCUGUAUUCGCCAUCUCCUCAAUCCACAUUCAUUCUCCGUCCCUCAUUCCCGAUGCGGCCGAGCUUAUCGCGACUUUCCUUGAGGGCGAGACGGACGCCACGUGCAAGCGGAAUGCGUUCGCCGCUCUGGCGAGUAUCAACCAUGACGCCGCUUUGCUGUAUCUGAGCUCCGUCUUCGACGGCAUUCCAAACGCUGAGGAGCUCCUCCAGCUGGUUGAGCUCGAGUUCAUCCGCAAGGAUGCCGUUCAGAACUCACAAAACAAGGCGCGGUACCUGAGAUUGAUCUUCGAUUUGUUGGAGGCUGGUGCCUCAACCGUGGUAUACGAGGCUGCCUCUUCCUUGACGGCUCUUACCAACAACCCCGUUGCCGUCAAGGCUGCGGCCGCCAAGUUCAUCGAGCUGAGCAUUAAGGAGGCAGACAACAACGUCAAGCUCAUCGUCCUCGACCGAGUCGAUCAGUUGCGCAAGAAGAAUGAAGGCAUCUUGGAUGACUUGACCAUGGAGAUCUUGCGUGUCCUUUCCAGCACAGACAUCGAUGUCCGAAAGAAGGCCCUUGGCAUUGCGCUGGACAUGGUGUCGAGCAAGAACGUCGAGGAGGUCGUCUUACUGUUGAAGAAGGAGCUGGCGAAGACUGUCGACCAGGAAUAUGAGAAGAACGCGGAAUACCGCUCUCUUCUCAUCCACUCUAUCCACCAAUGCGCCAUCAAGUUCUCAGAGGUCGCCGCCAGUGUCGUGGAGCUCCUCAUGGACUUCAUCACGGACUUCAACAACGCUUCUGCUGUCGACGUCAUCAAUUUUGUCAAAGAGGUCGUCGAGAAGUUCCCCGCUCUGCGCAAGACCAUUGUCGAGCGAUUGGUGGCGACUCUCAGCGAGGUUCGCGCCGGCAAGGUCUACCGAGGGAUUAUGUGGAUUAUUGGCGAAUAUUCUCUCGAGGAGAAGGACAUUCGGGACGCCUGGAAGAGGAUACGAGCCAGUUUGGGCGAAAUCCCCAUUCUGGCCUCAGAACAGCGACUGUUGGAGGAGCAAGAUAGUGAAGACAAGCCUGAGGAACAUGUCAACGGCCACUCGAAACCCUCGGCACCCAGCGGGUCGCGAAAGGUCCUGGCAGACGGUACAUACGCCACCGAGACGGCACUUACCAGUCAGUCGUCGGCCGCUGCCAAGUUGGAAGCCGUCAAGGCUGCUCAGAAGCCGCCACUGCGACAGCUGAUUCUUGACGGAGACUAUUACCUGGCCACCGUCCUCUCGUCUACGCUGGUCAAGCUUGUCAUGCGCCACUCGGAGAUCUCGGCCGACAAGGCGCGAACCAAUGCCCUGAGAGCCGAGGCGAUGCUCAUCAUGAUUUCGGUUCUGCGCGUUGGCCAGUCUCAAUUCGUCAAGGCGCCGAUCGAUGAGGACUCUGUGGACCGUAUCAUGUCCUGCGUGCGAUCCCUGGCCGAGUUCCAAGAGAAGAAGGAGUUGGAAACGGUAUGGUUGGACGACACCAGGAAAGCAUUCCGGGCCAUGGUUCAGGUCGAGGAGAAGAAGCGCGCAGCCAAGGAGGCAUAUGAGAGGGCAAAGACUGCCGUGCAGGUCGACGACGUUGUUCAGAUCAGGCAGCUCUCCAAGAAGAACGCAACCGACGGUCUCGACGAGAUGGAGGUCGACCUGGAGAGAGCAACCGGAGGCGAAUCGACGACCGAGGACCUCAGCUCGAAGCUCAGCCGCGUCGUGCAGUUGACUGGCUUCUCCGACCCCGUGUAUGCUGAGGCAUACGUUAAGGUGCACCAGUUCGACAUUGUCCUCGACGUGCUUCUUGUGAACCAAACUACCGAGACCCUUCAGAACCUGUCGGUCGAGUUUGCGACGCUCGGCGACCUCAAGGUGGUGGAGCGGCCGACAACUCAGAACUUGGGGCCGCACGACUUCCACAAUGUGCAAUGCACCAUCAAAGUUUCGUCCACCGACACCGGCGUCAUCUUCGGAAAUGUGGUAUACGAUGGCGCCCACUCGACGGACACCAAUGUUGUCAUUCUGAAUGACCUGCACGUGGACAUCAUGGAUUACAUCCAGCCCGCGACCUGCACAGAGACCCAGUUCCGCACCAUGUGGACCGAAUUCGAGUGGGAGAACAAGGUCAACAUCAACUCGAAGGCGAAGUCGUUGCGGGACUUCCUGGAGCAGCUGAAGGCGUGUACGAACAUGAACUGCCUCACCCCCGAAGCUAGCCUGAAGGGUGACUGCCAGUUUCUGAGCGCCAACCUGUACGCCCGCAGUGUGUUUGGUGAGGAUGCGCUCGCCAACCUGAGCAUCGAGAAGGAGGGCGAAGAUGGGCCCAUCACGGGCUUUGUCCGUAUCCGAAGUCGAUCGCAAGGCCUUGCGCUUAGCUUGGGCUCUCUGAAGGGACUCAACAAGAUUGGUUCCUCGUGA